AUGCGACGCGAUUGCUUUCUUCGGCCUCCCGAACGCGUUGCGAUUAUUGCCUGCACCUGCAUGCCGGUCGAAAACAGGGUCACAAAGCAGCGGUCAGUGUUGGCACUCCCGGUCCUGCGCAAAGUCCACAUUGUCCCUGUACCUCAGGCGGUCGCGUACUCGUCCGUUGGAGCGCGUUCCGACGUCACGACUUUGGCACGAGGAAGAAACUUGUCAGAGGUGAGCUCGAAAUUUUCCCACGGGUUCGUGAAAGACCACAUACGCCCAAUCGCCGGUCCCAAGCUAGGCUUACCAGACUUUGUGCCAUAUGGCAAUUGA